UACUUACCCAUCUACUCAUUAAAAAUAAUAAAAUAGGAGAAACCUUCCGAGAAUGAACCUUAAUAACUUGAUCACACAAAUUUCCGAUAAAGAGCAGUUAAUAAAAGACUCAACACGACCUCUCGUUAAUCAGUAGUGACCAAUGCAUAUCAGCAUAUCACGUUCACUCGAGCGGUUACUGUUUUAGCGAUAAAACAAAAUAACUAAUACUUUACUCGUUAGACUUCACGACAAAGCAACCAUGGAAUCUUACGAGCGGAAAAUGUCUAUAGUGGACUAUGAUCCCAUGUGCGAUAAGGAGAAUCCACAGAAGAUAUUCUUUGAGGAUGUUUCGGCCGCAUCCUUCAGGAUACAGAGCGGGAUUGUGAAGACACCAUGUGUGAAAUCCCACAUGUCCAAAACGUAUGGCAUGGACAUCUACCUCAAGAAUGACUUUCUUCAACAUACCGGAAGCUUCAAAGAGCGUGGUGCAAGAAACGCGCUCCUCCUCCUGUCCCCGACUUGCAAGAAGCAGGGCGUGAUCUCGGCGUCCCUCGGAAACCACUCGCAAGGGCUCAGCUACCACGCCAACCUCCUCAACAUACCCGUCACAGUGGUCAUGCCUAAUGUGGCUCCGAUAAUGAAGAUUGAGAAGUGCCGCUCGUAUGGAGCCAACGUGAUUGUUCAUGGUGAUGAUAUGAAGGAGGCCAAGUUCCACGCGAUGAUGCUGGCUAAGGAACGCGGAUUGACUUAUAUUAAUGGCUACGACCACCCGCACAUAAUGGCGGGGCAGGGCACGGUGGGGCUGGAGGUCGCGGAGCAGGUGCCGGGCGCGGACUGCGUGCUGGUGCCGGUGGGCGGCGGCGGGCUGCUGGCCGGCGUCGCCACCGCGCUCAAGCACUUGAAGCCGGACGUGCUGAUCUAUGGCGUAGAAACGGAGAAGUGCCCGAGCAUGCAGCAGGCCAUGCGCAGCGAGGGCCCGGUGUCCGUGGACAUCCGCUCCACGCUGGCCGACGGGCUCGCCGUGCCCACCGUCGGGUACAACGCCUUCACCACCGUCAAGCCGCUUAUUGAUAGACUUAUAACAGUGAACGAGGACUGGCUGGCGCGCGCGAUCCUGCGCCUCGUGGAGCAGGAGAAGUACGUGGUGGAGGGCGGCGGCGCCGUGGGCGUGGCCGCCAUCAUGGCCGGGCUCGUGCCGGAGCUGGCCAAUAAGACUGUGGUCUGCAUCCUAUCCGGCGGCAACAUCGACACGACGAUCCUGGGCCGCUGCCUGGAGCGCGGGCUGGCGGCCGAGCGGCGGCUGGUCAAGUUCAAGGUCACCGUCAGCGACCGGCCCGGCGGCAUCGCUGAACUCUGCAAGCUCAUCUGUUCUAUAGGAGUCUCUAUAAAGGACAUCAUGCAGGAGAGGGCCUGGGUGCACGGGGAUAUCUUCAGUGUUCGGGUGAAAGUAGUCUGCGAGACACGAGGGCCCGAGCACAUGGAGGAGCUGAAGCACAUGAUCAGCGACAGCUACCGCGAGUGGUACUUCGCGCGGGACCACGACACGCUGCCGCCGACGCCAGACGACGCCUCUAUUGAUGACGAUGACGUCUCGCAUUAGGGUA